UCGGGCACGGACGGUCGGGCAGUGGAAGCCGCCUGUGGCGGGCGCGCGGUGAGGAUCGCGGGAUUAUUUUAUAUUGAAAUUUGUGACACUGCUGCACAGAGUGAUGAUUGUACAAAGAGUGGUAUUGAAUUCCCGACCUGGGAAAAAUGGUAAUCCAGUAGCAGAGAAUUUCCGAAUGGAAGAAGUCACUUUACCAGAGAGCAUCAAUGAAGGACAAGUGCGAGUCAGAACUCUUUAUCUUUCUGUGGAUCCUUACAUGCGUUGUAAGAUGAAUGAAGACACUGGCAGUGAUUACUUAGCACCUUGGCAGCUAUCUCAGGUGGUAGAUGGUGGCGGUAUUGGAAUUGUAGAAGAAAGCAAGCACACAAACUUAACCAAAGGCAAUGUUGUGACUUCUUUUUAUUGGCCCUGGCAAACUAAAGCUAUUCUAGAUGGGGAUGGCCUUGAAAAGGUAGAACCACAACUUGUGAAUGGACAUCUUUCGUAUUUUCUUGGAGCUAUAGGUAUGCCUGGUUUGACUUCCUUGAUUGGAGUGCAGGAAAGAGGUCAUAUAACUGCUGGAUCUAAUCAGACAAUGGUGGUCAGUGGAGCAGCUGGUGCCUGUGGAUCCUUGGCUGGACAGAUUGGCCGCUUGCUGGGCUGUUCCAGAGUGGUGGGAAUUUGUGGAACACCUGAGAAAUGCGUCCUUUUGACCUCAGAACUGGGCUUUGAUGCUGCAAUUAAUUAUAAAAGAGGGAAUGUGGCAGAACAACUCAAAGAAUCCUGUCCAGCUGGAGUGGAUGUUUACUUUGACAACGUUGGUGGUGACAUAAGUGAUACAGUGAUAAGUCAGAUGAAUCAGAACAGCCACGUCAUCCUGUGUGGUCAGAUUUCCCAGUACAAUAAAGAUGUGCCUUAUCCUCCCCCUCUGCCCCCUGCCACAGAGGCAAUACAAAAGGAAAGAAACAUCACAAGGGAAAGAUUUCUGGUGUUAAAUUACAAGGAUAAGUUUGAGCCUGGCAUUCUACAGCUGAGUCAGUGGUUUAAAGAAGGAAAGUUAAAGAUCAAAGAGACUGUGAUAAAUGGAUUGGAAAACAUGGGAGCUGCAUUCCAAUCCAUGAUGACAGGAGGUAACAUUGGAAAGCAGAUAGUCUGCAUUUCAGAAGAUGCUUCUUUAUAAUCUAUGUACAUCUUCAUCAAGGAAGUAACAUUUUUCAGGUUUUUUUCUUUUCGAGAUGGUAUGGGGCUAAACUCAGAGCAUCAGGUCACUGAGCUUUUUCUCUCAAGGACAGUUGGUGCUCUUCCACUUGAGCUAUGCCUUAAAAUUUAAGAAUAUAAACAGUUCUUAAUGAUAUUUUAGUAAUCAUUAAGCUGUUUAGUCACAUAAUUCUGUUUUAUCUAACUAUUUCACAUAUGCACACUAUAUUUAACGUGAUUACUUACAACAUUUGUUUUGCUUUUGAGACAAGCUCUUGCCAUGUAGUCCAGGCUGACCUUGAACUUAUGAUUCUACUUUAGCAGGAGUGCUGGGAUUAAUUCCAGCUGCUGGAAUUAGAGAUAUACAGGAAUGUACCACCAUACCUGGCUACUGUUCUGAUUAAAACUAAUAGGUGAUAUUUGUAUCAGAUAUUCUGGAACUACUGGAGAUUUAAUACAACUGUUAAUUGGUCAUAUGCAAUCGUUUUUUAAAAUUAACUUGUAUUUAAAAUUGAAUAAUCAUUCUAUUGUGAGAAACAGUAAACAUUUAUUUGAAAAAA